CAAAGCUGCAAUAAUGUUCGGUCGGCAUCUCGCCUGGGAUAUCUCUUCCCUCCGGAGAUUGAGAAAUUUGAUUCCGUCUCUGAAAUGUUCGCGCGUUUCGAAACGCUCGUCGUUGCUGCUGCUGAGUCUUUUGCGUGUCGAACCUUUGGAACCCGACUCAUUUGAGCCUCUACAUCCAGCUGCUCCCGCUAGCACAGAAUAGUAGAUUGGGUCAGAACACGUUCCGAUCAAUAUGGCCGCAUCAAUGUUUCAACGAGAUCCCCGAGCGGGCCUGUUCUUGGGUGGUUCAAGAACAACCGGUGCAGAGGUCAGGGAGCAAAAUGUCCUUGCCUGUCAAACCGUCGCCAACGUGUUGAAAUCAUCUCUCGGUCCCGUUGGUCUCGACAAAAUGCUCGUCGACAACGUCGGGGAUGUGACCAUCACGAAUGACGGAGCUACGAUUCUGUCUCUGCUCGAGGUCUCCCACCCGGCUGCCCGUAUACUUGUGUCACUCGCCACGCAGCAAGACAAGGAAGUCGGAGAUGGUACGACUUCUGUCGUGCUCCUCGCUGCGGAAUUACUGAGGAGAGCGAAUGAUCUCGUCCGCAACAAGAUUCACCCAACGACAGUCAUCACCGGAUACAGACUCGCUUGCAAAGAAGCCUGCCGUUAUAUGGCUGAGCAGCUCUCGACCAAGGUUGAUAAAUUGGGCAGGGACUGUCUCGUCAACGUAGCCAAGACGUCCAUGUCGUCCAAAAUUCUCUCUGCUGAUGACGACAUCUUCGCCCCGAUGGCUGUCGAUGCCAUGCAGGCCGUCAAGACUAUCAACGCAAAAGGGGAGAAGAAAUUCCCGGUCAAAGCGGUCAACGUGCUCAAAGCCCAUGGAAAGAGUGCCAGGGAGAGUUUCAUGGUCAAGGGAUACGCUUUGAACUGCACAGUGGCCAGUCAAGCGAUGAAACUCCGAGUGCAGAAUGCCAAAAUCGCAUGUCUCGACAUCAACCUCGCCAAGCAAAGGAUGCAUCUCGGCGUUCACAUUACCAUUGAUGAUCCUGAACAACUCGAAGCUAUCCGUGCGAGGGAAUCUGAGAUUGUCCUCGAGCGAGUCAGGAUGAUCCUCGCCGCGGGAGCCAAUGUCAUUCUCACCACGAAAGGAAUCGAUGACCUUUGCUUGAAGGAGUUUGUCGAAGCUGGAGCGAUGGCUGUAAGAAGGUGUAGAAAGGAGGAUUUGCGUCGAAUCGCUCGAGCCACAGGGGCCACCUUGGUGUCUUCCCUCGCCAACUUGGAUGGAGACGAGACGUUUGAAGCUGCCAGUCUUGGGACGGCAGAUGAAGUGGUGCAGGAGCGAGUCAGUGAUGAUGAGUUGAUCCUCAUCAAGGGGACAAAGGUCGUCAAUUCAAGUUCGAUCAUCCUGCGCGGAGCGAACGAUUACAUGCUGGACGAGAUGGAGAGAGCACUACACGAUGCUCUGUCCAUCAUCAAGAGAACAUUGGAAAGUGGUAGCGUCGUGCCGGGUGGUGGAGCUGUCGAGACUGCCUUGUCAAUCUAUCUGGAGAAUUUUGCGACGACUUUGGGCUCCCGAGAACAAUUGGCCAUUGCUGAAUUCGCUUCUUCACUCUUGACCAUCCCCAAGACACUCGCUAUGAACGCUGCGAAAGACUCCACAGACCUCGUGGCAAAGCUCAGAGCCUAUCACAAUGCCGCUCAGAGUGCUCCCGUGUCAGAUCCCAAACGUGGUCUCAUGUUCUACGGUCUGGACCUCAUCAAUGGCGAAGUCAUCGACAAUCGCGCCGCUGGAGUCUUGGAACCCACUAUUUCAAAGAUCAAAUCACUGAAAUCUGCCCUAGAGGCAGCCACGAGCUUGUUGAGAAUCGAUGAUGACAUCAAGGUGGCACCAGAGGAAAAAGAGGACAGAGAUCCUCAUGGUCAUUAGAGCAAUGCUGAAUAGAAGACAAAACGG